UGUUCCCUGUGAAAGUUAAUUUCACCCCAGAAAGAUUAUUGGUCAGUAACUGGUGUUGGUCAUUAAUAAAAUUGUCUUCAAAUUGAAAAGUUCACUGGAAAAACUUCAGCCACGUUUUUUUGGAAAAUAUUUCUUAUUUGUUUCAUUCUAAAAUCUUUGUUUUAAUUAAUAAUUAUUGUCAUCUAAUUGUGAUUCUCAACUAGCCAAUAAUGAGCCAAAAUAUCUUUAUAAUUACUUGUGGCCAAAAUGGUACUGGUAAAUCCAGUUUUAUAUUGCAGGAGCAAUUGCAUACUUUUGUCGAUACCACCAGAAUUACGCUCGGUGUCGAUGCGAUUAGAUUAAAAUAUUCAAAAGACAGAAAGCAAUACAAUGUCCAUUUCUGUGACACUUCUGGCCAGGAAAUAUUCAAAUCAGUACCUAAGAAUUUUUACCGAUUAGCUCAUGGAGUCAUUUUAUUUUACGAUAUUACGAAACGAGAGAGUUUAGAGGUUCUCGAAAAAGUUUGGCACGAAGAGGUAAUGAUCCAUUCUAACCGAAAAGAGCUGAUUAAAGUUGUUGUUGGGAAUAAAAGUGACCUGGAAGACAAACGACAAGUAUCAAGAGAGGAAGGACAACGAUUGGCCACCAGACUUUCAGCUUCAUUCUUCGAGACAAGUGCUAAGAGCGGGGAAAAUGUCUCUCGUGCUAUUUACGAUUGUCUCGAAAAAGUAGUGAAAACUGCUGAAUAUCAAGAGGAUAUCGCUCCAAAAAAGCCGAAAGAAACUCGUUCUUGCAAGUAACACAAAAACCAAACCAAAAGAGGA